AUGACUAAGCUGGAGGACCAUCUGGAGGGGAUCAUCAAUGUCUUCCACCAGUACUCAGUCCGAGUGGGGCAUUAUGACAAGCUUUCCAAGGGUGAGAUGAAGCAGCUGAUCACAAGGGAACUUCCAAACACCCUCCAGAACACCAAAGAACAAGCUACCAUUGACAAAAUAUUCCAAGAACUGGAUGCUGAUAAAGAUGGAGAGGUCACCUUUAAAGAAUUUGUAUCUCUCAUAGUCAGUGUGCUAGUGACUGCCCAUGACGAUAUCCACAAGGAAUAG